ACUUUGAGAUAAGAAAUAUGGCUGGCAGGCAUACGUCUGGAGUGUUAAACAGAGAAUAAUGUUGUAUUAAGAACGUGCUAGUGAGAAUAUUUGCCAGGUGAACAACAUAAAUGAAUUCAAUGGAAACAGUGACAGAUAUGCAAAUAUCAGAGAAUGUUACUAUGUUUAGUAACGUGACUGGGAUCCCUACAACACCUGGUCCUUCAACUCUGAAAAUGGUCUUCGACAUUGUCAUCAAAGUUACGCUGAUUACCAUCAUGUUUGGAAUGGGAAGCGUCACCGAAAUAGAGCCCCUUUUGAAACACAUCAAACGACCAUUUGGAAUACUUAUUGGGAUGAUGUCACAGUUUGUUGUCUUGCCAUUGGUUACUUUUGGUCUGGCGCAUGCGUUGACGCUGCCUAAUGUUCCUGCGCUAGGAAUGCUGGUAAUGGGCUGCUGUCCGAGUGGUUCCACAUCCAAUGUGUUCUCGUAUUGGGUGGACGGCGACGUUCCGCUCAGUAUAUCCAUGACUACAGCGUCCACGAUUCUCGCCUUCGGCUUGAUGCCUCUAAACCUGCUGAUCUACAGCGGAAGUUGGACUGAUGACAACCUUGUUAUACCAUAUAUCAACAUACUUAUCUCAUUCGCAAUGACCAUCACGCCUGUCCUUCUCGGGAUUUUACUCCGCUGGAAGUUCCCCAAAAUUGCCAUGGUUGUUGUUAAGAUCGGUAGUAUAGCAGGUGCGAUGUCCGUCAUCCUCACUCUUACCUUGCUCAGUUUGCUGUACCCCUUCAUGUACAACGCCUCUUGGAAAAUCUACCUCGGUGCAUUCCUUCUUCCCUUCAUUGGGUUUCUGUUUGGUUAUGUUGUGGCCUCCAUAUUUAGAAUGGAACACUUCCAAAGGAGAACGGUGGCGCUGGAAACGGGGAUUCAGAACUUCCCCCUUUGUAUGACUUUACUGACACUGUCGUUUUCCAAGAGCAGGUUCGCCGAGAUUUCACUGUUUCCCUUACUAUAUGGGGUGACAUGUAUUUUGGCCAGUGUGGUGUUUGCAGUGGUAUAUAGAGUGGUGAACGUCAUCAAAGGGAAAGUUCAGAAACAGGAAGUUACGGAAAACUGCAAUGGGGAAAAUUUACAAGAGAAAACUGAAACGACAACAGGGUUCCUCGAUAAAAUAGAUUUCGAUGACGCGUGAUUCAACUCCAUUCCUGUAGAAAGAGAUGCUUAGUUACAUGUACCACAGAAACCGGUAAUGUCGUCUGUAAUAAUAAUAGUUGGGGUCUAAACCACCCUUUAAUAACAUUUUCGGUUCUUGUGCAAGCACAUGCAUUUAUAACAACUUUUCCAGGUAGAAUGUCUUAUUUUUCCAUGGUGAACAAACUUUUGUGUACACGCGAGGCAAACAAGUUUACUUCAGAAUUGUUUGGGAAUAUUUUGAAAUCACAAAUAAAAGUUUGAGAAGCUCGAA